GAAUAUUUAGGGGAGAAAUGGGCAUUACUAUUUGUGGUGAAAUGGUAUUCUUCUAAGUACCUAGUCUGGUGAGGGUGAUACAAGGGUGAGGUUAGCCUGGGCUACGUAAUGAAAGCCUGUUUCAAAAACAAAGCAAAUAUUCUUUUCCUCCUUGGCUGUCUGCCAGUCUGCCACCAUCAUGAAUGACACAGUCACUGUCCAGAGCAGGAUGUUCACGACCAACCAAUUACUUCAGAGGAAGCAAAUGGCCACUAGUGGCCUUGGGAAGGCAACAGUGCCAAAGACAAAAAUUGGGGAGAAACUUGCUAAAAUAUACAAGAUCACACCCAAUGUCAUCUUUGUAUUUGGAUUCAGAACCCAUUUUGGUGGUGGCAAGACAACUGGCUUUGGCAUGAUUUAUGAUUCCUUGGAUUGUGCAAAGAAAAAUGAGCCCAAACACAGACUUGCAAGACAUGGCCUGUAUGAAGAGAAAAAGGCCUUGAGGAAACAGCGAAAGGAACACAAAAACAGAAUGAGGAAAGUCAGAAGGAUUGGAGAGGCUAAUGCUGGAGCUGGCAAAAAGUGAGCUAGAGAUUGGGUAACAGUCAAAGGAAUAAAGAUCCUUCAAUGAGUUAAACUGUGGUGAUGGUGAACUUUUCAUGAACAGAUUAAUAAACUGUAAAAACCUUAAAAAAGAACAAAAGCUUGGCUGGGUUUGGUGGCUCACACCUGUAAUCUCACCUACUUGGAUGAUGGAACCUGAGGACAGUGGUUUGAAGCCACCGUGGGCAGAAAUUUAGAUCUCAUCUUAAACCCUUCAUCAAAACUCUGGUUUUGACUUUACCACUAGCUAUGUCUCAGGUUCAUUGUGCUUCAUUUUCCUUAACUGUAACAUAGAGACAAUAUUAUCUAUUUCAUGAGGUUGUUGUGGAAAUUAAGUGGGAAGAUGUAUGAAAAGCUGGCAAACUUGGGAAUUGUUAGCUGUUAUCAUUGUGUUGCAUCAAAAUGACUUUUUGUUUUUAACUCUACACACUUGGGUGAAACAAGGUUUCACUCUGUGUGCUAGCUUGUUUUGACUGUGACUAGGUGGUACAGUUGAGGUUUCUGAAAAGAAACAUAUGAA